AUGGACCGAGACGCGCCGUCCUACGGCUCCAGUACCUACAAUGAUUUUAAUACGUUUUACUAUGCAGCAGUCAGCAGCACGAGUGGAGGCUCCAGCGGCUCCCCAGUGCUGAAUAUUGACGGUUGUGCUAUUGCGCUCAAUGCUGGAGAAGCCAAGAAGGCUGCUUCGUCCUUUUAUUUGCCACUUGAUCGCGUCGUGCGAGUGUUGAAACUGAUUCAAUAG